CUUUGUGCAUUUUAAUCACGUCCAGCCUCAGAGAUGAACGCAAAGAGAGAGCUUCCUGCUAAGGAGAACGCCAUAUUCAAAAAUAUACUUAGAAACUAUGAGCAUAAGCAGUACAAAAAAGGCUUGAAGCUAGCCGAUACCAUUCUGAAAAAGUUUCCUGAGCAUGGUGAAACCCUUGCUAUGAAAGGUCUUUUCUUGAACAAUCUGGAAAAGAAGGAAGAAGGAUACGAGUUUGUCAAAAAGGGCUUACGUUUCGAUCUCACAUCUCAUAUCUGCUGGCACGUCUUUGGAUUGCUUUAUCGAUCGGAUAAAAAUUACGAAGAGGCUGCUAAGUGCUACACACACGCUCUCAAGUAUAACAAAAGCGACAUGCAAAUUCUGCGAGAUUUCGCUCUCCUCCAGACUCAAAUGCGCCAUUAUGAUGCACUCAUUGAGACUCGCACUCAGCUUCUCCAAGCCAAACCUACUAAUCCUCCAUUCUGGAUCGGCGUUGCUCUCGCUUAUCAACUGGUCGGAAAGUACGACAUUGCUAUCCAAGUGCUUGAAGCACACGAAAGCGCUCUCCGUGAACAAUCGGUCAAUUUCGAACAAUCCGAACUUCUCAUGUAUCACAACUCCCUUUUAGAAGAGUCAGGCGAUAUUGAGAAAGCGUUGGAACACCUGGAGACAGUUGAACCAAAGGUGUGCGACAAGCGAGCUUGGAAAGUAAAAAAGGCCGAGUUCUUGUUGAAGCUUAACAGAUUAGAGGAAGCUGAAACUGCUUAUCGACUAUUGAUCUCGGAGAACCCUGAUAAUUACUCUUAUAUCAAGGGCCUCAUUGCAGUAAAGGGUUUGAAUGCUGAUAAUCUCACAUCCGAGCAACAAUCAGCUAUGCUUAAGAUUUUCGACGAUAUCCAAUCAGACUUCCCAAGAUCUACUGCUGCUAGAAACUUACCUCUCAACUAUGCUUCUGGAGAUAACUUCAGAAACCGUGCCGACGCGUAUUUACAGAGUGCUCUUAGAAAGGGUGUUCCUUCUCUAUUCGUUGACAUCAAGCGAUUGUACUCUGAUUCGGCAAAGGAGAAAAUUGUUGAGGAACUUGUUACUGGAUAUGAAGUUUCACUGGAAAAAACUGGCCAUUUUAAUGAAGAGCAGGACGAGAAAGUCGUUGAACCACCAACUGCAUACUUGUGGACAUUGUAUUUCCUUGCCCAACAUUAUGAUAAGCAGCGUAAGACUGAACUUGCUUUGAAGACCAUCGAUAAAGCAAUUGAGCAUACCCCUACUCUUGUGGAACUCUACAUGACCAAGGGUAGAAUUUUGAAGCACGGAGGGGACUUGGAAGCUGCCGCACGAGUCAUGAAUGAAGCUCGUGAAAUGGAUCUUCAAGAUCGUUUUAUCAACUCGAAGUGCGCUAAGUACUAUAUUCGAAAUGAUAAAAUUGAAGAAGCAGAGAAAAUUCUGGGAUUGUUCACAAGGCCUGAUGCCGCCUCGCCAUUGCAAGAUCUCACUGAUAUGCAGUGUAUGUGGCUCACUCUGGAGGAAGGUGAUAGCUACCUUCGACAAGGCCAGAAGGGCAAAGCCUUGAAGCGGUACCAUACUGUGGAAAAAUUCUUCAGCGAUAUAUUUGAUGACCAAUUUGACUUCCAUACCUAUUGCUUGAGAAAGACAACUUUGAGAUCUUAUGUUGAUACUAUUCGUUUCGAAGAUAACCUUAAAGGCAGUCACUACUUCGUUAGAGCGGCCGUUGGAGCAGUCAAGGCAUAUACUUCUCUUGCCGAUAAGCCAAGCGGAGCCAACGGUAUGGACGAAGCAAACAUGUCUGAAGCCGAGAAGAAAAAGGCACGUAAUAAGGCACGCAAGGCAGAGCUCAAGGCUCAAAAGGAGAACAAACCACCAAAGAAAGAACAAGUCAAGGAGGAGGCUCCUAAGAAGGUGGAUGUAAAGAAGCCAACAGAUGAGGACCCAGAGGGUGAAAAAUACCUCAAGACCACUGAUGCAUUAGCUAGUGCUCUUGAGUGGGUACGACCACUUGAGCAAGUUGCACCUAAGCAUAUUCAGACUCACCUGCUUGGAUUCGAAAUUUAUCUGCGUAAAGGUAGCAUGCUUUUGGCGUUGAAGGCUCUUGUUCAGAGUUGGACGAUCGACAAGACCAACCCUCAGGUCGCCAAAAAUAUUGCUCGUUUCAAGGAAGCAGUUUCUGCCAAUCCCCCUGCUAAUGCAGAUGUUAAGGCUGUCAUUGACUCCCAAUUAGCUACCCUUGCAUAAUUUCAUAUUUGGUGGAGAGGUGAUAUCAUUGCAUUCGUUUCGUUGCUGGAACAACAGCAUGGUAAAAAAAGUAAAAUUUACAUAAAAUUUCAAAAGGCGGCCGCGUAUACACAAUAAAAAUUAUCGACAAUAGACACGCAUUUGCUUAAUGUAUCAAACACUAUACCAUAUUUGAAGGUGAACAUGGGUUAAAAGAUAUAUUAUAAAGAAACAUAUUAUGCCCACUAUAAUGUGACAGGUUAGUAUUCAACAAUGU